CAGCCUGUAAAUUGUGCUUUGCGCGUUAUGUUUCUUGUUCUUAUGCGUACGUUUGCCUUAUGUUGUGCUCUUCUCCCGUCUCUUUUGCUCCUUUUGCACUUUGUGAAGUGUGUAGCUUUCAGCUUAAAUGUAAACAAAAUUAUGAAAACAAUGCUGCCCGCCGUUUGCCCGUGUAUUGUUUGCUCGUGUUUCGUCUGGAGCGUUGUGUGUGUGCUCGAAGGCAGAACCAGACCGGGCAAACGAGUAUUGAGUUUUGUGAGGCGUAGCUGAUGUAUAAAUCAUAAAAAUCACGGUAUUGAAGUUGGCACAACAGAUAAGUGUAGAUUCGCUGGAUAAAACGUGAGCUAUUAAAUAAGUUAUUAACUUAACAUAAUUAACUUUAGCAUCUGCACGUUGAAGAUGAGAUCAUCAACAAAAUAGCAAGAUGCAACGCCAACGCUGAACCAGUGAAUUCGUAGAAUCUGUACUUAGAAUAAAAACAAAAGACGAAGAAGAUGAAACUGACGCUGUGAUUGGAUAGUUAACUUUUGCGCAAAAAGAGUACCAAGCAACGAAGUACUUAAUAUAUUAGUAUUAUUAUUUAAAAGUAAACAUGCACAAUAAUAUAAAAUGUAUAUAUACGAAAAUGCCAACACGGCUUACCAUACUGAUUAUCCUGCUUCUACAGCUUCUGUGCUCAAGCACAAUAAAUACUGAGGUCACAAAAUAUCCGAACAACUUUAAAUUGCCUGAUUUGCCUUAUGAGCACUUGAAACGCUACCUCAACACAUUUACCGAACUAAAAGCAUAUUGCCAACAAUCCGCCAACCACUGUCAACUGCCUGAGAAUGUGUCAUUGUCAGUUGUUGAUGGCAGGUCAACAGCAUGUUGGGGCCACGAAGUUGGCUGCAGUGCAACAGACCGCUUUCAGACUCCCAUAUGUCCUGGCGAUCACACAGGCUGGGUGCGCAGCAAAUCUGCGCAAGUGGAAACAUUCUACUAUCAAACCGAUUUUGGCUAUAUAAAGCAACAAAUUGAAGAGCUCAGCGUCAUGUGUGAGCCAAAAUACUUUACAGAUUCGUCGUUGGAAUGCACGAAGUAUUUGCGUUUCUGUCGUGGUAGAAAUUUGAUGUUCGAUUUUCGUGACCUAAUACACCGCAAAGAAAUGAUACGGUAUAAUAUGGAUGUGCUGCGACUUGGGCAAUUGGUCGGUCAUUGCAGUUUGAAUCGCACACGGCUUAAGGUUGAAAUGGAUCACAUGAGUGCGUUACAAUCAUGGGCACCUGAGCUACGCAACUUCGAUGAGUUGCCUAUGCCGCUAUUAACCGGCGAUAAUUGUGAUAUGACAGUUAAUACGCCCACAUUUAUUAUGAAAAUCGAUUCCACAUUUAAUAUGUAUCACCAUUUUUGUGAUUUCUUUAAUUUGUAUGUUUCAUUAUUUGUUAAUCAAACGCACACAUCAGCAUUUGUUACGAACACACAAAUCAUAAUCUGGGAGACUUAUCCGUAUGAGUCACCAUUCGCUGAAACGUUUAAAGCAUUUACUAAAAAGCCGGUAUGGACGCUGAACGAUAUCAAAGGCAAGCGUGUCUGUUUUCGUAAUGUGGUGUUGCCGCUGCUGCCUCGUAUGAUAUUUGGUUUGUUCUACAAUACGCCCAUCAUACAAGGUUGUCAAAAUAGUGGACUGUUUCGUGCCUUCUCAGAAUUUGUACUUCAUCGGUUACAAAUACCGUUUCAGCCGCCAUUGAAACGUAAAAAAGUACGCAUAACAUUUUUGUCGCGUCUUACCACGUACCGUCAGGUACUCAAUGAAGCUGACCUAUUGGAAGAGCUUAGGGGCGACGAGGAUUAUGUAGUACGACGUGUAUCAUUCGAAAGAGCGAUUGGUUUCAAAGAUCAAUUGGCGAUAACUCGCAACACAGAUGUGCUAAUUGGUAUGCAUGGUGCGGGUCUAACUCAUCUACUAUUUCUGCCGAAUUGGGCGACAAUAUUUGAGCUACACAAUUGUGAAGAUCCGAAUUGUUAUAAGGAUUUGGCGCGAUUGCGUGGUGUGAAUUAUAUUACGUGGCAAGAUCGUGAAUUGGCCUAUCCACAAGAUGAGGGUCAUCAUCCCCAGGGUGGCGCACAUGCAAAAUUUACAAAUUAUUCAUUUGAUCGUACAGAAUUCGCUCGUUUGGUUGCACUUGCAGCAAAACAUGUUCGCUCCCAUCCAGAAUAUCAAAAGUAUCAGGAAACUGUGCCUGAUGAUGUCAGUAUGGACAAGGAUGAGUUAUAAUUAGGCUGAAACACGGAAUGCUUCCAUUUUGUAUUAAAUAACGUAAAUUAAUUUCUAAAUUUGUGAUUUUAAUCUUGAAUGAUCUGAUAUAUUUUUAUUAAAAAGUU